CAUAUACAUCUCACCGUCGUCUUGGCGAUGAGGUGAUGACUCAUCCUCCAUCCUCCAAGCUGUGGCCUUUAGAGAUAAGCUUCUCUGAAACCCAAUCAUACUCUCACAGUUCCACCAUGGCAAUGUCCACAAGCUCUUCAUCUCUCUCUUCUCUCUCCUCUCUCUCUCUCCACACCUCUCCACGCCUCUCUCUGUCCCCUUUCACAGCUGCCACCACCUCCAUAACCAAACCCAAAAGACCCAUUUCUCUUUUCCUCUCUUCCACCUCCUCGUCACGACCCACCACUGUUAUCUUCAAUGCCGCAGCAGCUGACGUCGAGACCUCCUUCUUCGACAACGAAGACCCCGAAUUCGACGGAGUCUUCGAGCCCCCUGAGGUCCCAGAAGGCUUCGUCCCCCCACCUUCCUUCGACGACGAGUCGUCUGAGACCGAGGACGAGAUCGCCGCAGCUUACGAGGAGCUGUACGGUCCAGCCUACAGUGGCAUGAGUGUUCUGGGCAAUGACAUCUACGUAAUGGACUCUAACGUAAAAAAGACAGGUGCUUUUGGGAAAUUGAAGAAGGAGAAGAUCAGAGAUGGGUUUGAGGAGAGGGUGGUUCAGGUGAGGAGGGUCACCAAGGUGGUUAAAGGAGGCAAGCAGUUGCAUUUCAGAGCUAUUGUGGUGGUCGGUGACAAGCAGGGCCAAGUGGGUGUUGGUGUUGGCAAAGCCAAGGAGGUUAUUGGUGCGGUUCAAAAGUCUGCUGUGAAUGCUAGAAGGAACAUUAUCAGUGUGCCCAUGACCAAGUACCUCACUUUUCCUCAUAGAUCUGAGGGAGAUUAUGGAGCAGCCAAGGUAAUGCUUAGACCUGCGUCUCCUGGUACUGGAGUUAUUGCUGGAGGUUCUGUUAGAAUCGUGCUCGAAAUGGCAGGGGUAGAAAAUGCUCUAGGAAAGCAACUGGGAAGCAAGAAUGCUCUGAACAAUGCCAGAGCGACUGUAGUUGGUAUCCAGAAAAUGCGGCAGUUUAGUGAUGUGGCUCGGGAACGUGGUAUCCCCAUGGAAGAGCUAUGGAAAUGAAUCAAGUGAUAGAAUAGAAACUAGCAAAAGCAGUUCUGCAUUGUAGAUUGAUUUAAUACAUCUAAAUUCUUGUAGUGCAGGCUUCUCCUUUUAGAUUUGUUUUCCAUCACAAGCUUUUGAUUUAUCUAAAACCCGGCAUAGCCGUAACAUGUUUCCUGGGUUUGAUUAAGAAAAUCCCAUUCAGCUUGAUAU